AUUGAACCUUUUGUCUUGAGUAAUAAGUAACUACGAAGUACGCAAUGUGUGCGACAAUGCGUUUAUUUAAUUAGCAGUGAUGGUAGUCGCUCAUUUCUCGGUACAAAGUGAUGCUGUGAGGUGAAAAGUUAGAUAAAAAUGGUUGAAGAGAAAAUUGCAGAAACCUACCCUGGUAAGGUAGAUGUCGGAGACAUGCCAAAGAAAUAUGAUUGUUUCGGCGUCCGACAUCUCCAGAUGGCCUGCAUGUGCUUCACCAUGAUCUCUCUGUUCAUCGCGCGCGGCAGCAUGGGGGUGGCUGUCCUCGCCAUGUCCGACGAAAACAGAAAGAACGACACCACAGUCACAAUAUACGAUUGGGACAAGAAGACUCAGAGCGUCAUCCUCUCAUCCUUCUUCUGGGGCUACGUCGCGAUGCAGAUACCAGCGGGAAUAUUAGCGAAAAAAUUUGGAGGAAAACCUAUUUUGCUAUUUGCACUUCUGGUUAAUGGGUGUCUGAGCUCGUUGUUACCGACUUUGGCAGCUCUGGGUGGUUGGAUGUGUGUGUGCUUCGCUCGAGUAAUGAUGGGCCUGUCCCAAGCCUGCCUGUAUCCAGCCAGUCAUACGCUGCUCGGCCAGUGGUUCCCGCCCAAAGAGCGCACCGGCAUUUCUGGACUCAUCUAUGGAGGUAUGCAAGUUGGUAUCAUCAUUGCCAUGCCCCUGUCUGGACUACUAGCGGAAACGGCUGUUGGCUGGAAGCUGAACUUCUACGUGAUGUCUGGACUCCUCUUCUUAAAUGCUGCAGUAUGGUACUGGUUCGCAGCCAGCUCUCCUGCAGAGCACAGGAUGAUCAGCAAGGAGGAGCGACAGUAUAUAGAGACCUCUUUACACAGUGGUGGAUCGCAGAAGUCAAUGUCUACUCCUUGGAGACGGAUUUUAACUUCAGUACCACUAUACGCUAUUAUGGCGACCCACGUGGCUUGUACCUGCAGCUUCGUUUUGUUCUUUGUGGAUAUGCCAACGUAUCUGGAGAAAGGUUUACAGAUAUCCCUCAAGAAUAGCGCAGUAUUGUCGGCGUUACCAUAUGUGGGCAUGUGGAUCGGUAACGUGGGCUCAUCACUCGUCGCUGAGAAGCUGCUGAAUAGGAAGCUCUUAUCUGUUACUGCAUGUAGAAAGCUUUUCAAUUCCUUGGCAAUGUUUGGUAUCGCUGGUGGACUGGUGGCCCUGUCAUUCCUGGGUCCCGAGAACAAAAGUUUAGCUAUUCUGGCCAUCGUCAUCACUAACACCAUGUGUGGCUUCACGGUUUCUGGGUUUAUGGUCAAUGGCUUGGACUUGUCGCCUAAUUUUGCUGGAGUGCUGCUGUCACUCACCAACUUCGCGGCGAAUAUCUGCAGCAUCCUAAUGCCAAUUAUAACAAGUGUCAUAUUGCGCAACAACCCAUUUUUAUUUGGAGUAUAAUGAAGCAGUCGGGUUUUUUGAUUUUUUAAAUUUACCUUUUUUAUAUGUCUGGAAAAUGCCUUACGCAUUUUAAACCCACCAAGAGAAGCAAGACCUAUAUGCGGACUCCUUCCUGCUCAUAUCACCUAACUAGGACGGUCGAUGAAAUAAGCAGAGCCAUACCCAGUAAAAACCAGAUAAUACUCAUGCUUCGGUCACCCGAGACGCACUGUGAGGACUGAAGUUCCCAUAAUGCAUGCCGAGUGCGGCUAUAACGUGGCGCCGUAUAAGAGGAUUGGCCGCGCACCCGCCUAGAUGCCUUUCGAACAUUUUUUUUUGCCUGAAAAAUAAUGCCUUUGGAUUUUUUUUUGUCUGGAAAAUGCCUUACGCAUCCUUCAACCACUGGGGGAGCGAGAAGAAGGUAUGUGGGACUCCUCCCUGUCCUCUUCAGCCAUCCCUGGAGCUCGCUGAUGUGAACAGGGCCCUACCUACGCCCUGAACAGGGCCACUAAAAACCAGACAAUACUCCUGCACCGUCACCCGACAUGCACUAUGAGGACCGCGGUCCCCCUACUGCGUGCCGAAAGGGCGGGUGUGGUCGCAGAACCCGUCUCCGAAUGGCCGCGCAGGAUGCCUUUCGAACCUAAGAGCAGCUCGUAAUAAAAAUGUGUCCGAAUAUAAUCACUGCAGAGCACGAUCGCCACUUUUGGCAAUCGAUAUCGGAGGGCUGUUUGGAA